GCGCUGGGUGGAGAAAUUGUUUGUGUGUAGGUACGGUAACAGCCACUACCACCCCUAAAUCUGCCGAAGCCACUUGUGCCGUUUCCCAUUUGCGACUGACGCUCGGUACCGGUGGGCCCGGUCGUUGUGUGGCACUUGUCCCAUGUCCCACAUGUCCCAUGUCCCAUGUCCCAUGUCCCAUCAGCGGCCGACUCUCGCCACCAGUAGGCGGGGCGAUUGUGUGCGGGUGACAAGCAGCCCUACAUCUGCCGUUGAGGGCCGUUAACUCGGCGAAGCCUUUCUUAUUGUCUUUCGGUAGUGGCCGCAGGGACUUCCGAAGCUGCCCUCACCGGCCUCCGUUAAGGCCCGUUAAGAUCCGUUAAGGGGCCCCAAGCUUGGCGGCUGUGGGCUGAGAGAGGAGGUAGGAGAUUGGCGACGAUGGGUAUCUUCUUGGAUGAGCCCAAGUACGAGGUGAUCGACCGUACGCCUGGCUUCGGGAAGACUGUACGGAACUUCAAUUUGGACGACACCAUGAAGAUGGUGGGCCUUACAGGAAUGUCGCUGCCAGUUGGGUACCUUGCAGGUGGCAGUGUGAACGUGCGUGGACCAUCGAUGUACUGCGCGGGCUUGAUUGGAUUGAUGGGAGGGUUCAUGUUUGCGUAUCAGUGCUCCGCUGGGAGAUUGAUUGGAAUGUUUCCCAAUGAGGAAGAUGUGAGAAAGCAUAGGCACUAAGGAUAUGUGUCUGUGGGUGUGUGUGUGGGGGGGAGGGGAGGGGAGGGGAGGGGGAACAAAUAUAGGAGAGACAUCUGGGGAAGAAAAGGCACUGAGGGGAUAUGAGUGAGUGUGUGAGUGUGGGCAACUACAGGAGAGCCAGCAGCAUACUGGGGGGGGUGUAUAGAACGCACGGGGAUUGUUGGUGUGAUGUAUUCGAGGCAACUUUCGGUCUAGAUACAGAGAGAGAGCAGCACACUGGGGGCGGAUAGGAGAGAGAGAGAGAGAGAGAGAGAGAGAGAGAGAGAGAGAGAGAGAGAGAGAGAGAGAGAGAGAGAGAGAGAGAGAGAGAGAGGACUGCGGAUAUGAAGUUUGUCUAGAGGCCUGCUGUACAAGGGACUCGCCUUCAACACACCCUUGAAAGCAUAGAUGAUGCUUAACCACAACUAACUUGUGUUAAGGUGGAUGAUCACUUACAGUGGAUUCUGCAGACUGUAGAGGGUUCAGCCUCCUGAUGAGUCAGUCGGUGAAACUCCAACGAAACAGUCUGUCACAGCCCCUCGUUUGUUGUCCUCUUUCCCCCCCCCCCACCCUCUGCCUACGGUUUAUCGGGCAGCUCUGUUUGACGAUAUAUACAAUAUAUUCGGCCUCCUGAUAAGUCGGUGAAACUCCGACGAAACAGUUUGUCACAGCCCCCCCUCGUUUGUUGUCCUCUUCUCUCUUCUCCCACCCUCUCCUCUCUGCCUACUACGGUUUACCGUCGGCAGCUCUGUUUGAUUAUAUAUCGUCACAUAGAUAUCAGAACGCAAAAGCGAAAAAAACAAACAAAGGAAACAAAAAAAUAUAAAUUCA